CGCAGCUCAACUCCUCUUGUUGUGGUUCGAAAUAUGGCUUCUCGGACUGUUUAUUGUAUUUGCGGUGAACCUUAUGAUUCUGUACGUUUUAUGAUACAAUGCGAUUCGUGUAAAGAUUGGUAUCAUGGAAGCUGUGUAAAUGUUAAGGAACAUGAAGCCUCAGAUAUUGAAAAAUAUCACUGUGUGCAGUGUCAAAAAAUUGUUGGACCUUCAGUUCUCCGUGAAGUUAAGAAUUACCACAGACAUGAUUAUGGAGAUGGUAAUGCGGAUGGAAAGGCAGUGCAAUCUGGAACUUCAGUUUUUGUUAAAGAACUUCGAUCAAGGCAUUUCAAAAGUGCUGAUGAAGUUGUUAUACAUCUACGUGGUCCACAACUAUCACUUCCUUACUUAAUUCAGAAUGGAUUCAACUUUCCAAUUUUAGUAGAUUCAACUGUUGGUUUAGGCUUACAGAUGCCCUCUGACUCAUUUACAGUUAGUGAUGUUAUGGAUUACAUAGGACCCAAUUUUCCAUUAGAUGUCAUUGAUGUAGCCAGACAAGAAAAUAUAAGAAUGCCUAUGUCAGAAUGGGUGGAAUAUUUCAACAGUCCUGUUCGAAACAAAGUGUAUAAUGUUAUAAGUUUGGAAUUUUCGAAAACAAGACUGUCUGAAUUAGUUAAACCUCCAAGUAUUGUACAGAAACUAAGUUGGGUUGAAAAUUACUGGCCAAAAAAUUCAGAAGCAUAUACUCCAUUUUGCCCCCAAGUUAUGAAGUACUGUCUCAUGAGUGCUCAAGAUAGUUAUACAGAUUUCCAUAUUGACUUUGGUGGCACAUCUGUUUGGUAUCACAUUUUAAGAGGCGAGAAGAUAUUUUUCCUUAUUCAACCUACACCAGCUAAUCUUGCUCUUUAUGAACACUGGAUGGCAUCUUCAAACCAAAGUGAAACAUUUUUUGGAGAUCAAGUAGAUGUUUGCUACCAAAUGACUCUGACUCAAGGGCAGACUCUAUUUAUUCCAACUGGUUGGAUACAUGCUGUUCUUACCCCAGAUGAUUCCUUGGUUUUCGGAGGAAACUUUUUACACAGUCUGAAUAUACCUGUUCAGUUACACAUUCAUGAAAUGGAAAAACGAAUUAAUACUCCAGAAAAGUACAAAUUUCCAACAUUUGAAACUGUUCAUUGGUUUGCAGCACCUCAUAUUUUAGAGCAACUUAGAGAUAGUAAUGUGAGUAAGAGAGAAUUGAACUAUUUAGUUACUGGAGCAAAAGCACUUGUUUCAGUUCUGAAGAUAUGGAGUUCAGAUAGUCAGAAUCAUAAACAUGAUGAUGUUCCACCAGGCAUAAAUGUUACAAAGUUGAUCAAAGACUUGAUGAAAGAAGUUAGAGUUGCAGAGAAAUAUGCUAGCAGUAAAAACCCUGUAGUUGCUGCUAGAAGAGCUCCUGUUCGACAAAAACGUAAAGAAGCUGCAAAGCGAGUUGAAAAAAUGUUCAAAAUGGGUCCUACCGAAUCUGAAAAGAAUCUCAGUUUAGUCUCCCAAUAUUCAUUAAAUUCCAAGGUUUCUCCCAAUUCAGAUUUAUUCUACGAUGAGUUUCCUUUCCAAGCUCAAAACUCUGACAUGCAAUUACACAUACAAGAUUCAAAAAUGAUGCUGGACAAAAUGAACAUUGAUUUUAAAUCCUUUUUGGAUUCAGCAUCUCUGAAAGAUGGAGCUAUAGCAAAUAGAAAUCUGUCUGCUCCAUUUGGGAUAGCAGGGACCAAAGAAGGAAAUUUUACAACAAAAAAAGAAUCUGUAUAUGAUUUUGUGGACUCUGAUGAGGAUAAUUUAGUUGUUGAUGAAAAUCCAGUGAACAAUAGGAAACGAAACUACAAAAAAGAACAUUUUGCUCAAGAUCUUUGCCCUGAAGUGCAACCUGGUUCUUUAAGGCUUCGAUUAUCAUUUAAUGGCAAACCUGUUGAAGGGACAUUCAAUCCAAACAGCAUAUUGAAUCAGGUACCUCAAGAUGACAGCAAUGCAGAAACUCCUAAAAAUGCUACUAUAGAUGAUCUUCUUGUCGCAACAGGCUUAGCUGCGGAUGGUGAAAGUAGUGUCAGUUUAGGAGAUGAUGAAUUGAAUGGUGGUGAAGCCCAGUUAGAACCUUCAACAAGAGAUGCAAUCCAGGGUAUGCUCUCCAUGAGCAAAGGUGCAAUUAGAUUUACUAGUCAAGGAGAUGCAUCUGCAAUAUCUGCUCAGUCAUUGCAACCAUCUUUAAAAGCGGAAAAUAUGUCAGAACUAUCAUUGCCACACAUGGACAGUUCAUUAGCUAAUUUAUCUAUACUUGCCAGAAAGUCAACUCCACCUAUACGAAAUGCAAAAAUUGCUCUUGGAUUUUCACGAUAUAAUAGCAAUAGUAAUCAAGAAUAUGAUGACUUUGAAGAACAGCUAAAGCAGUGUCACCAAGAUGGAGAUUAUAUUUAUUUGGGAUUAGAGGCAUCUGAUGAUGAGUGUCAUGUUUUUAAACCUCGUGGAAGAAGCAGGCGAGAUGAACCUUGGAACCCUAAAGCAAAAUUAGUUCCCAAUUGUCCAAAACCUGAACGUCCAGUCCGCGAGGGCACGAGAAAAGAAGCUAUUGAAUGCGGCUUAGCGGCUGCUGCAGCUAAGAUUCCUACAUCCUCUCCUCAGAAAAGACAAUAUUUAAAGAAGAAACCUCCACCGAACCGCAGUAAAAUUGCUCCUGACCAUCAACCUGGACCUUCAAAUCCUGCUUUUAGUAAUAAACGACCUCUUCCAUCCGAACCACCCAAGGUAGUGAAUAAAAGGCCAAAGAAAGGAUUUGCUACAGCUAAACAAAGACUGGGAAAAAUAUUGAAGAUACAUAAAAUGAUAUAUUAAAUUUCUGUAUGUAAAUUCAAUGUCCUGUGUUUGUAUUCAUUUGAAAAUCAAAUGCAUCAACCCAUUGUGUAUAUUUUCUACCAUCCCCUUUUUGUUUUAUUGUGAUAUACAGAACAACUUUUUUUCAACUAUUAAAAAAAAUUGUAAAAAGAAGGCAUGUGGUGACUAUUUAUUUUUUAAAAAUGAAUGACCAUUGUACAUAUUAAGUUUGAAAAUUUCAGAAACC